UGGUCCGGCCCUGUCACGUGUCCACAGUCUCCGGUCAUCCCCUGUACUGUGUCCGCAGUCUCCGGUCAUCCCCUGUACUGUGUCCGCAGCCUCCGGUCAUCCCCUGUACUGUGUCCGCAGCCUCCGGUCAUCCCCUGUACUGUGUCCGCAGCCUCCGGUCAUCCCCUGUACUGUGUCCGCAGCCUCCGGUCAUCCCCUGUACUGUGUCCGCAGCCUCCGGUCAUCCCCUGUACUGUGUCCGCAGCCUCCGGUCAUCCCCUGUACUGUGUCCGCAGCCUCCGGUCAUCCCCUGUACUGUGUCCGCAGCCUCCGGUCAUCCCCUGUACUGUGUCCGCAGCCUCCGGUCAUCCCCUGUACUGUGUCCGCAGCCUCCGGUCAUCCCCUGUACUGUCCGCAGCCAGUCCUCCCCGGUCCGCAGCCUCCGGUCAUCCCCUGUACUGUGUCCGCAGCCUCCGGUCAUCCCCUGUACUGUGUCCGCAG